UGUUGCAUAAUACUAUUCUUAAAUUUUCUGUUGGUUUCAUUUUAAAUUAUAUUAGUUUUGAUUUUUCUCUCAGGCCCAGAUGCAGUACUACGCCAAGUUGGGAUGUCUGAUGACCCGAACUGUAUUUCAACAUGUAUAGACCUAUUUUUUCGUAAUCUGAGAAUGAAAUAUACUUUCUGAGAUUUAUUGUUUCUUUCUUGCCUUUAUUUAAGACAAAAGAAAGGAAGGUAUACGGGGUUUUAAUCAACUUCAAUUUUAUUUUGUCUCUCAGGUCAGAAUGCAGUACUACGCCAAGUUGGGAUGUCUUCUCAUUGACCAUGGGACAGAGGGAAUAAGAAAUUACUUCCACAACCACAUACUACGUGGACAGACACCACGGCAGUUCUUUACUACAAACAAGACACACAUUGACAAUCUCCAUCAUGGAAGACAUGGGUGCAAGAGACUUAUCAACAAGAGACAGUAUGAUCUGAUCUUCCCUGCCAAUAAUCAGCCGCCUGAUUUGAAGGGAUUUGACAUCACCCUCAUCUUUUUAUUAAUUCGACAGUUUCAAGUGAGAAUCUACUUCCUUGAAAAUAUCCUUCGUGGUCAGUCGUUUUCCGACUACAUGAACCUCAAGUCUGUCCAAUCCAUAUUGCCACCUCCGUUACUAUGUAAUCUUAUUCCAAAAGGGGGCGCUUUGCCACAAUUUGACUCAACAAGCUCCCAUGAUCUUUACAAGCUAAUACAGAAUCUUCAUCCAAUUACCACGCAUGUUUACCCGCCUAAUGCACCAGUUUGGGAUGAUCCAGCAAAAGCUUCAGGUGCCCCACAAGACAUGCAGGACAUCGUUCUUUUCAAGUUUGAACGUAAUUCACUUGCUCACCGUAAAUCAACUGACAUCAGUCUCAGUGAAUUUGAACAGAAGUGGACCACCAUCUCCAGUGCCGUAAUACGCCUUGGAGUGAUGACUCCGUCAGAGAUACAGGAACUAAAACACAAACCAAUUGAACCCGAGAGGGAAAUGUCCUAUCAAGUAUGCAUCUUACAUGGCUAUCUGGAAGAGAUGGAAAUGUUAAGGUUUAUGCAAAAUAUGGAUGUGAAAUUAGACCAUGUGUAUGCAAUGUUGAGUGAGUUGUAUAAGCGACGAGAGAUGCUAAGCUACCAUCAUGUUCAACAGACUUUAACGGUCCAAGAAACAAACCUGCGUGUUGAAACCCAUUACCAUCCCGUACAUACAGAGGAACGGCCAGAGAGGAAGACAGAACAGGGCAUUUUGUCUGAAAAACAGCUAACCUUGCUUCAAAACCACCUGGCAGCAAGGUACAACCGUGAGAUGAGCUGUGUGCCGCGGAUCCCCUGGGAUGAGACCGACACCAUGAACAUUGAUGAUGUGUUUGUCGAUCUGUCUCUCAUCCAAGAACAAAAGGAAGGCGGUGGCACCAAAAAGGUUGAACUCAAGUCUUACCAUGAUAUCUUUAGACCAGACAUAAGAAAGAAAAGAAUCAUUAUCAGAGGUAAAGCUGGCAGUGGCAAAUCAACAGUUGCUGCAAAAAUGGCAGUUGAUUGGGCAAGGUUUAAGUUUCAGAGUUCAAAUAGAAGUUCGACGGAAGAAUGUCUCUAUAACAGAACAAAACGCCCCCAAACAGAAGGGAAUCAUUUACAUUAUCUUGAAAAUAUGUCUCUUCUGUUUCUUAUCAGGUUAAGGUUUCUUGACAAAGACCAAACUCUGCUUGACUCAAUCAAAGAUCAGCUGAUUGACCCAUCUCUUGAAAUAACAGAUGAAGCUAUGUUAAAGUACAUGCAUUCCAAUGCUGAAAGAAUCCUCAUCAUAUUAGAUGGUUAUGAUGAAUAUAACAUGGAUAGUGCCAACCCCCAGAAUGACAUAUCCAAACUGAUAAAAGGGGAAACAUUUGCUAAUGUAACAGUAAUUAUCACUUCACGUCCAUGGAAAGCACACGAGUUGUCCAAACAUAGGCCCAGUGACACGCAUGUUGAAAUAAACGACAUGUCCCCGGAUGAAAUUGACAAAUUCAUACAAAACCAUUUCAAAGGUAGAGAUCCAGGUUACCACGAAUAUGUUGUGUGUUACGUGCUGGGGAUCCUGGCCGACUAUAAUGAAGCGAGCUGUCGUGAUUACCGAUGUGCCGAUCCAAGCACAACGUUCUUGUACGGUAGUCCCAUGGACUCUUUGGUGGAUUUAAGACUGUGUAUAAACGCCUUGGAGCUGUUUCUGUCUGUAAAACCCCCGUUCCCAUCUCUGGAGAGCUUGCUGAUCAUGAAUUGCCAUUCCGUCUGGUUAAGGUUUCUUGACAAAGACCAAACUCUGCUUGACUCAAUCAAAGAUCAGCUGAUUGACCCAUCUCUUGAAAUAACAGAUGAAGCUCUGUUAAAUUACAUGCAUUCCAAUGCUGAAAGAAUCCUCAUCAUAUUAGAUGGUUAUGAUGAAUAUAACAUAGAUAGUGCCAACCCCCAGAAUAACAUAUCCAAACUGAUAAAAGGGGAAACACUUGCUAAUGUAACGAGGCUGCUGAUCCUUGCCCGGGAUAAAGAAGAAAGUUGUGAUUCCCUAUCUGCCCAUCCAAACUCAACAUUCUUGUCAGGUAGUCCCAUGGACUGUUUGGUGGAUUUAGGACUGGAUGGAGACGUUUUGGGCUUGUUUUUCACACUUAAACAUCCAUUCCCAUCUCUGAAGGUGUUGGGCAUCUGCAGUUGUUCUCCCCUUGGGAAACUGGUUGAUUUGUUUCAACUGUUAUCUACAAAGAGCAUGGUCAACCUCCUUCUUCUAGAUCUGUCAAACACGGUUAUGACUGAAUGCGAAACAUGCCAGCGGUUAGGCGAUGAAGUCAAGUCUGAAAGAGCAAGAGGGUAUAAGAGGGACCCAUUGAUAGUUACAUUACCCCCAUACCACAUCAAUGCUUUUUUUGCUAUACUGAAACGAUUCGAAUUCGAUAUUCCCGAACUAUCGGGUGAACACACUAUAUUAAUUGACACCCUUUGUGACCUGGCCUCACAGUUGAAACAUUUGCCUAACUUAGAAAAACUUGGACUUUUUGAAACUAAAAUUACGCCUGUAGGACUGAAGUCACUGACAGACAACUUGCAUCAUGUACCUAGGCUACAAGUACUCAACCUUUCUUAUAAUUUUGCACACAUGGGGCUUAUUUCCAACAUUGACAUUCCAGCUGUUAUAAGAGACCUUUUUCGUAAACUCCAACCAAUGAACAUGACAUGUUUAGAUAUAAGUGGCUGUAACAUUGGAUUACUUGGUGACAUGGGACCUGCAAUGGAAGCUCUGUCAGAUAAUCUUAAACAAUGGAAGGAACUGUGUUCUUUAAACAUUUCAAAUAAUUCCAUAGGGGACGCUAUCGCUCAUGUAAUUGAUUCGCUAAAUAGAACAAAUCUUCCUCGUCUUGAAAACGAGCUCAUUUCUAGUAAUAACAUGUUGAGUGAGGCAGUGCUUAAUAACUAUGCUGGAAAACUAAAUGCAAUGCCAGGUUUGACAAACUUCUUUUUCUUCAAUCCCUAUGGAAGUUUUCCUGAAGUGUUUUGGAAAUAGGCCACACUUUUUUAUUUUUAAGGAUGACAUCCUCUGGGGACCCCAAAAUCGGCGCGAGCGGGCGAAAAAA